AUGGCUACUGUUAUGUCCGUUCAAGUGGGCUUUGUGGCUUUGAUAGCCGUCCUUGGACUGCUAGUCAGUCAAAAAGUUUUGAAGCGGAAACCAAAAUAUCGUCUUCCUCCUGGGCCAAAGCCUCUGCCCUUCGUCGGCAAUAUUUUGGAUCUUCCACCUAAAGGGGUGCCAGAGUUCCAGCAUUGGUUCAAGCACAAAGAUACCUAUGGUCCCAUCAGCUCGAUCAAUGUGAUGGGCAUGCAUCUCGUCAUCUUUCAUGACAAAGAGGCUGCACAUGCCGUUAUGGGAAAAAAAGCCCAGAAGACAUCGGCAAGACCGCAGCUGAAUUUUGCCACGCUCUGUGGAUUCGAAAACUUCCUUAUUACCCAUCAGUAUGACAGCAAAUAUCGCAAGCAUCGAAAGAUGGUCCAUCAGGAGAUAGGCACCAAGGGUCUGUCAGCUGGUUUCCAGCCCCUGCAAGAGAAGGAAGCCCUUUAUUUUAUUCUGGAGACCUUUAAUGACCCUGACAACAUGAUGGUAUAUCUAAAAACUCUGGCAGCCGCCAUCAUUUUAAAAAUUACGUAUGGCUAUUCGAUAGAGAGGAAUGGGGCUGAUCCGCUUGUUGAUCUAAUUGAGCACACGAUGGACAACUUGUCCCAGGCGUUUGUGCCACUGGCUUGGGUCGUCGAUGCCGUCCCAGCCGUCGAAAAACUUCCAGAAUGGUUCCCCGGUAUGUCUUACAGGAAGACCGCUCAGAAGUGGAAAGCAGUCAACGAGGCCGCGGCAGAGAUCCCUUACUCUUUCGUAAAGCGACAGCUGGCAUUAAACGCUCAUCGACCGUCUUACGUUUCCAAUCUGCUGCAACAGAACAUGACCAAGAGCGGCAAUGAUCUCAAUCUGGAGCCAGAUGAUGAAGAGGCCGUCAAAUGGACUGCUGUCAGUCUCUAUGCUGCAGGCUCAGAUAGUACGGUCGCCAUCAUGCAAAGUGUCAUUCUAGCUUUUUUGAUGUUUCCUGAAGUGGUGCAAAGGGCGCAAGAAGAGAUUGACCGUGUCAUCGGCAUUGAUCGGCUUCCCAACUUCGAAGACAGGAAGAACCUUCCUUACGUCGACGGUAUCGUGAAAGAAGCAUGGCGAUGGAAUCCUGUUGGACCGAUGGGCCUGACCCACAAAUCGGAAGAAGAUAUCUUUUACGGAGAAUACAUUAUCCCCAAGGGGUCUUAUUUACUUCCCUCCCUUUGGUGGUUUCUACAUGACCCGAAGGAUUACUCUGACCCGCAAAUUUUCAAGCCAGAGAGGUAUCUGGCGCCGCUCAACGAGCCUGACCCUAGUGAGCUAGCCUUUGGCUACGGGCGAAGAUCUUGUGCCGGCCGCUUUUUUGCAGACGCUAGUGUCUAUAUAACAGUGGUACAAAUGCUCGCUGCUUUCCAGAUCCGCAAGGCUAAGGAUGUGAACGGAAACGAGAUUCCCGUAAAGCUCGAGGCAGUUGCAGGUAUGGUCAAUCGCCCCAAACCGUACAAAUUCAAGAUCGAGCCACGAAGCCCUCAUCACGCCGACCUUCUUCGCCGCAUCGCGGCAGAGCAAGAACCGGCCAUCGGAGAUGCAAAUCUCCUCAAUAUCAGCACAGUAUAA